AUGCUGACCAACUCAGGCCCAGUGGCCAAACUCUAUCUGUCCAUCAUUGAUGAUGUGAUUGAAAGUAUGAAGGAGCUGUUUUUGGAUGAAGGGCUGGAGGACAGAGUGCUGGAUGAUUUAAGGCAUCUUUGGGAGACUAAAGUGAUGCAGUCCAAAGCAAUGGAAGACUUUAGGAAGAACAACAUCAAUUCCUCUGACUUUGUUCUCCAGCUGCCUGCCAACUACCCACGGGCUGAUCAGAACCAGGAACCUCCAGAAUGCCUAAUUUAUAUAUAUUUUUUUAAUGAUGCAUCCUAUUUCCUUUUUGACCAGACCAAUACCCAAACUCUUGCUACUUUUUCCCUCCCUGCUUCACUGGCGUACCCUGUGCAGAUACCAGCAGGCGUCACUCUACAGACAGCCUCUGGUCAGCUUUACAAAGUCAAUGUGCCUGUUGUAGUUACUCAAGCUCCAGUGGGACACCAGCCUGUGUCCAAUGUCUCCCAGAAAGUUCCAGAACGGAGUGAAAUGCCAGCCCCUCAGCCAGUAGCAGUUGCACAGAAUCCUGUCCUGCUUCAGGAGCCUGAGCCGCCCUCUGCUCCUCCUUCCUUUGUCGCACAAACGAGGACGGGUCUAACUCUGAUCCAGGGGAACACCCUUCCUCAGCAACCUCCAGAAGCAGAACUUGCACUGGGAGAAAAUGAGGCAAAUUCCCAACCUGAACCAGUAAACUUUUGUCCUUCUCCCUGCACCCAGUUAUUGGACUACCAGAUUUCUGCAGAGGAAUCUGCUUUAGCACAAAAGACACAGAUUGGAGACAUUGAUGAAAUCCUAAAGGAAGUAAUUGAAGAGGAGAGGGAGAAAGUUGAGAGGGCAAGGAAACUAGCUGCUGGAAACCAGUCUGGUGCUGAUCUUGGGCUGGACUUGGACUACACCUACAGCCAGCUGUCGGAUAUUGUUCAGCUGGAUGGUGCUGCAGACAACUCUGACCCAGAGGAGGAUGAGGACCUUCCUCUGGAAGAGAAUGACUUCCUGGGUUUAAUCAAUGCAGAAGCCAUCAGAGCUCUGAAGGAGGAAAACGGCAGUGACAGCAACAGCAUCUCCUCCAGCAGUGACGAUGGAGUAGUGGAUGAACUCGUUAAUGCAGAGGAGGAGGAGGAGGAAGAGGACCCUCUUAAUUCUGGUGACGAUGUUGUCGAACAAGACAUACCGGAUCUCUUUGACACGGAUAACGUGAUCGUCUGCCAGUAUGACAAAAUUCACCGCAGCAAAAAUCGCUGGAAGUUUCAUCUGAAAGAUGGAGUGAUGAGUUAUGGAGGAAGGGACUAUGUGUUCUCUAAAGCUAUUGGAGAAGCAGAGUGGUAAUGAGGUUAAAAUCUGCUGAGCAGAUCAUUGUACAUGAAUAAAGGCGAUGAAAAGGAGGGUUGAAGCGAUGCACAUUCUGGA